AAACGCCGUCACGCUUCUUCGCUCAUACUACUAGUAGAGUUUAGUGGUCUCUGUGAGCUUUCACUCUCUCCAGAAGCUUCCGCAGCCACCAUUUCUGAGCGAGAUAGAGAGAAUUGAUCACUUAGCGUAACUUUUCACCGGAAUAAUUCGCCGUUUAUUUAUCGGAAAAUUGAAGAUCUCUAUUUCCGACGACCUAGAUUAUUUUUUCUCUAUUUUUUGAUAAUUUUUUCAGUUCCGGUUGAUUUAGGGUUUAUAGAUUUUAUUGGAAUUGUUUUUAUUGAUUAUGGCUUCGGAAGAUGUGAAAACUGGUGAAUCAGCUGUGACGAAGAUCGUGAAUUUGGCGGAAGAAGCGAAGCUCGCUAGAGAAGGAGUUGUUAAAGCUCCUAACUAUGCGAUUGGUAGCAUCUGCAAGUCGCUCGUCGCCGGUGGAGUCGCAGGAGGAGUAUCACGAACAGCAGUUGCUCCGCUCGAGCGAAUGAAGAUUUUGCUACAGGUCCAGAAUCCUCAUAACAUAAAAUACAAUGGAACAGUACAAGGCCUAAAAUAUAUAUGGAGAACUGAAGGAUUCCGUGGACUGUUCAAGGGAAAUGGUACUAAUUGUGCUCGAAUUGUCCCAAAUUCUGCUGUGAAGUUCUUCAGUUAUGAGCAAGCUUCUAAAGGCAUACUGCAACUCUAUCAGCAGCAAACUGGAAAUGAGGAUGCUCAGCUUACCCCUGUUUUACGUCUUGGAGCUGGAGCAUGUGCUGGAAUAAUUGCUAUGUCUGCAACUUAUCCGAUGGAUAUGGUCCGAGGCAGGAUAACUGUACAGACCGAGAAAUCCCCUUAUCAGUACCGAGGAAUGUUCCAUGCUUUGACUACUGUGCUUAGGCAAGAAGGUCCACGUGCUUUAUAUAAAGGCUGGCUUCCUUCAGUUAUUGGAGUUGUUCCUUAUGUUGGUCUCAACUUUGCUGUCUACGAGUCUCUGAAAGAUUGGUUGAUUAAAUCUAGACCAUUUGGUCUAGUCCAAGAUUCUGAGUUGAGUGUGACAACACGCUUGGCUUGUGGUGCUGCUGCCGGAACCAUUGGACAAACUGUCGCUUACCCUCUUGAUGUCAUUCGUCGAAGAAUGCAGAUGACCGGUUGGCACAAUGCUGCUUCUGUUAUAACUGGAGAUGGAAGAGGCAAAGCCCCACUUGAAUAUAGUGGAAUGAUUGAUGCAUUUAGGAAAACUGUUCGUCACGAGGGAUUCGGUGCAUUAUACAAGGGUCUGGUGCCCAAUUCUGUAAAGGUGGUCCCAUCCAUAGCACUUGCGUUUGUAUCAUAUGAGAUGGUGAAGGACAUUUUAGGAGUGGAGAUCAGAAUAUCAGACUAAAGUUCGAUAGCCACAUAUUAUUCGUUUACCUGGUGUGGUUUUCUCUUUUUUUGACAGGCAAGGGAAUGGUGUAGAGAUGGUAACUUAAAGUUGUUUCCUUGUUUUUCAUCUCUCCAAGGAUGAGUUUAGAACUACUCUAGAGUUAGUGUCUAUAAAUUGAUUCCCUUGUUCCUAUUUGUUUUCUUUGCAAACAUGCUGUAGUUUUCAGCUUCUUAUUCAUGUUCCAUGUCAAUAAGUGUUGUGGAAAAACAAUGCAAGGACAUAUUUGCCUAGCUUUCUACACUAGUUAAGAAAGCAGUUUUCCUAGUGGAAUCUAAUGUGACUGAUAUAUUUUUAUC